GACACUGGAUCUUCUUGCUUCCACCUCCCACGGUGGGUUUCAUAGAACCACAUAAUGGUGUCAUAGAACCACAAAGGAACUCAGAGAGCAUAUGGCACAAUCUCCUCAUUUUACAGAUAAGGAAACUGAGGCCCAAAGAACUUUCAGAGAUUUCUUGAGAGAGGUGGUCUCAGGGUUGGGACAUUGGGCCUGCCCCAUUGCCAGGCCUUUGCCGGGCUUUUGGUUGCAGGCUGAGGACAACCCAGGAUGUCUUGGAUUAACUCAUGGUCCCGCAUUGCCACAUGAGAUCAGUUGUUCUUGCUCAGACUUCUGCAUAGGCUUGGUGGACUGGAGCAGAGAGAUCAUCUCUUCCCCCUCCCUUGGAAAACCCCUGAUCACUUCCCCAAAGUCAGAGGAAGUCAGAAAGAGAAGGUCCGGGGGUCAGCAUGAAGAGUUCAGUGUGAGUGAACAUUGUAGGGGCUGCUGGCCAUGGAAGGGCACUGUCUCUCUGCUUUGACAAUGGUCCCCUUGAACAAGUUCCUUUAGCUCUGGUGAGUGAACCAACCUUCCCUAGCUCCCGGGCAGGGCUGGCUGGUUUCAGUGAGGGGAGAGAACCCUGGGCCUUGUCCCUGAACUGGCUUGGGUGGGAACUCAGAUGAGAAGCAAUGCCUGCAGGGCUCAUGGCACCUUCCUAAGGGUAGCUGGCUGAAAGCAGAGAUGCCCAAAUGCCUGGGCCCCCCUUAUGUGGCACCAACUGUAUCUCAGGGUCUUUCAAGUGUCACCCACCUUUCACAGUCAGGCAUUAAUUCUGCCCCUUGGUUAGAGAGGGAAGGGAGUCCUGAGUGCACUAUUUGGCUGAGCAGGGGCAAAAGUUGGCAUCAGCAACCAGGCAAGGAGGGAGAAUUCAGCUUGCUCUUGCUGUUCGCCUUCCCCUGAACCUUGGCUUUCUUCUGGAGGCAGUACUGCCCUUUGACCAGCAGGGGCCACUCUUGCCCACAGCCAACUCUGCAGCCCUGGCAAAGCAGAGCCCCAAAGUGGGACCAGUUUGGGUCUGGGCUGUGCUUAUGCCAACAGGAAGGGCUGGGCUGGGGGCAAGCAACGGGGCUGGGCUGAGGCGAGGCAGUGUUCCUCCCUGGUGCCCGUCACUGGCCACUGGAUACAGACGGUAGUGGUGGCGAUGUGUGUUUCAGGAGGAGACUGCAAGCAUCGGGAUGCCCAGGCCCCAAGGAGGCCCUCUUCCUGCAGAUCCGAGAAGGACUGGACACCUUUCUGGGACUGCAGCACCAGGGUGGCUACCCUUCCCGGCUGGAUCAGGAUUCCUGUCAUCCAUCUGCUGGCCCUUUGGACCACUCGGCCACUGGUAUGCUUUCCAAGUCUGUACCCGUGAGUGGCAUCAACUGUCUCUUGGACCAUUCGGAUCCAGAUGGGAAUGUAUCCCAGUCCUCUGCCAUUGACCUCAGGAAACGCUGCAGCCAGCUGGAAGGACAUUCAGGUACCUGGGUAGGCUCCUCCCUGCGACAGACCUUCAGCUUCCUCUCGGGCAUGACCAGAAAGGCCAAGACCCGGGAAAAGGAGAAGAUGAAGGAAGCCAAGGAUGCCCGCUAUACCAAUGGGCACCUCUUCACCACCAUUUCAGUUUCAGGCAUGACCAUGUGCUAUGCCUGUAACAAGAGCAUCACAGCCAAGGAAGCCCUCAUCUGCCCAACCUGCAAUGUGACUAUCCACAACCGCUGUAAAGACACCCUCGCCAACUGUACCAAGGUCAAGCAGAAGCAACAGAAAGCGGCCCUGCUGAAGAACAACACCGCCUUGCAGUCCGUUUCUCUUCGAAGUAAGACAACCAUCCGGGAGCGGCCAAGCUCGGCCAUCUACCCCUCCGACAGCUUCCGGCAGUCCCUCCUGGGCUCCCGCCGUGGCCGCUCCUCCUUGUCUUUAGCCAAGAGUGUUUCUACCACCAACAUUGCUGGACAUUUCAAUGAUGAGUCUCCCCUGGGGCUGCGCCGGAUCCUCUCACAGUCCACAGACUCCCUCAACGUGCGGAACCGAACCCUAUCCGUGGAAUCCCUCAUUGACGAAGAGGUAAUCUACAAUGAGCUGAUGAGUGACUUUGAGAUGGAUGAGAAGGACUUUGCAGCUGACUCUUGGAGCCUUGCUGUGGACAGCAGCUUCCUGCAGCAGCAUAAAAAGGAGGUGAUGAAGCAGCAAGAUGUCAUCUAUGAGCUAAUCCAGACAGAGCUGCACCAUGUGAGGACACUGAAGAUCAUGACCCGCCUCUUCCGCACGGGGAUGCUGGAAGAGCUACACUUGGAGCCGGGAGUGGUCCAGGGCCUGUUCCCCUGCGUGGACGAGCUCAGUGACAUCCAUACACGCUUCCUCAGCCAGCUAUUAGAACGCCGACGCCAGGCCCUGUGCCCUGGCAGCACCCGGAACUUUGUCAUCCAUCGCUUGGGUGAUCUGCUUAUCAGCCAGUUCUCAGGUCCUAGUGCGGAGCAGAUGUGUAAGACCUACUCGGAGUUCUGCAGCCGCCACACCAAGGCCUUAAAGCUCUAUAAGGAGCUGUAUGCCCGAGACAAACGCUUCCAGCAAUUCAUCCGGAAAGUGACCCGCCCCGCCGUGCUCAAGCGGCACGGGGUACAGGAGUGCAUCCUGCUGGUGACUCAGCGCAUCACCAAGUACCCGUUACUCAUCAGCCGCAUCCUGCAGCAUUCCCACGGGAUCGAGGAGGAGCGCCAGGACCUGACCACAGCACUGGGGCUAGUGAAGGAGCUGCUGUCCAAUGUGGACGAGGGUAUUUAUCAGCUGGAGAAAGGGGCCCGUCUGCAGGAGAUCUACAACCGCAUGGACCCUCGGGCCCAAACCCCAGUGCCUGGCAAGGGCCCCUUUGGCCGAGAGGAACUUCUGAGGCGCAAACUCAUCCACGAUGGCUGCCUGCUCUGGAAGACAGCGACGGGGCGCUUCAAAGAUGUGCUAGUGCUGCUGAUGACAGAUGUACUGGUGUUUCUCCAGGAAAAGGACCAGAAGUACAUCUUUCCUACCCUGGACAAGCCUUCAGUGGUAUCGCUGCAGAAUCUAAUCGUACGAGACAUUGCCAACCAGGAGAAAGGGAUGUUUCUGAUCAGCGCAGCCCCACCUGAGAUGUACGAGGUGCACACAGCAUCCCGGGAUGACCGGAGCACCUGGAUCCGGGUCAUUCAGCAGAGCGUGCGCACAUGCCCAUCCAGGGAGGACUUCCCCCUGAUUGAGACAGAGGAUGAGGCUUACCUGCGGCGAAUUAAGAUGGAGUUGCAGCAGAAGGACCGGGCACUGGUGGAGCUGCUGCGAGAGAAGGUCGGGCUGUUUGCUGAGAUGACCCAUUUCCAGGCCGAAGAGGAUGGUGGCAGUGGGAUGGCCCUGCCCACCCUGCCCAGGGGCCUUUUCCGCUCUGAGUCCCUUGAGUCCCCUCGUGGCGAGCGGCUGCUGCAGGAUGCCAUCCGUGAGGUGGAGGGUCUGAAAGACCUGCUGGUGGGGCCAGGAGUGGAACUGCUCUUGACACCCCGAGAGCCAGCCCUGCCCUUGGAACCAGACAGCGGUGGUAACACGAGUCCUGGGGUCACUGCCAAUGGUGAGGCCAGAACCUUCAAUGGCUCCAUUGAACUCUGCAGAGCUGACUCAGACUCUAGCCAGAGGGAUCGAAAUGGAAAUCAGCUGAGAUCACCGCAAGAGGAGGCGUUACAGCGAUUGGUCAAUCUCUAUGGACUUCUACAUGGCCUACAGGCAGCUGUGGCCCAGCAGGACACUCUGAUGGAAGCCCGGUUCCCUGAGGGCCCUGAGCGGCGGGAGAAGCUGUGCCGAGCCAACUCUCGGGAUGGGGAGGCUGGCAGGGCUGGGGCUGCCCCUGUGGCCCCUGAAAAGCAAGCCACGGAACUGGCAUUACUGCAGCGGCAACAUGCGCUGCUGCAGGAGGAGCUACGGCGCUGCCGGCGGCUAGGUGAAGAACGGGCAACCGAAGCUGGCAGCCUGGAGGCCCGGCUCCGGGAGAGUGAGCAGGCCCGGGCACUGCUGGAGCGCGAGGCCGAAGAGGCUCGAAGGCAGCUGGCCGCCCUGGGCCAGACCGAGCCACUCCCAGCUGAGGCCCCCUGGGCCCGCAGACCUGUGGAUCCUCGGCGGCGCAGCCUCCCCGCAGGCGAUGCCCUGUACUUGAGUUUCAACCCCCCACAGCCCAGCCGAGGCACUGACCGCCUGGAUCUACCUGUCACUACUCGCUCUGUCCAUCGACACUUUGAGGACCGAGAGAGGCAGGAACUGGGGAGCCCCGAAGAGCGGCUGCAAGACAGCAGUGACCCUGACACUGGCAGCGAGGAGGAAGGUAGCAGCCGUCUGUCUCCGCCCCACAGUCCACGAGACUUUACCAGAAUGCAGGACAUCCCGGAGGAGACGGAGAGCCGCGACGGGGAGGCUGUAGCCUCCGAGAGCUAAGGGGGCCCCUCCCCCCUGCCCCGUGCCCCACUGAAGAACAUUACUGAGGGGGCUAACCUUGGGGACUCCAAUUUGCCAAUGAUGAGGGAACAUUUGAAAGAACUGCAAAUUGUCCUUGCCAGCUCUUGGGAUCCUUGGAUACCUGGGGCCAUUUAAGAAGCUAGGGGAAUUAGGCCACAACACCCCCUGGGACAUCCGAAAGCUACACCACAGAUGCCAGUGGUUCAUGCCUUCUUCCCGCAACUUUAGGAAAAUUUAUUUAUUUAUUGUUUAUUAGUUAUGGGGGGGAGAGGGGAGAUUUAAAGGACCAGGGACAUGGGAACCAAGCCAUAGGGAUCAGAGGGCCUUGUCCUUGAACACUACUGGGGUAUAUUCAGGCUCAUCCACGCAGCUGCUGGGUUCUUGCCCUAACGGCCCUCCCCUGCAACAUCCGUCUUGGAGGAGAGGCUGCAGCCACAGCACCCUACUGCCCUUUAAAUAAAGGAGGGCUGUGGACAGGGCCAUGUCCCUUUCUCCUCUCCCCUCAACCUCUUACUGCUGUUCUCCCUUUCUCCGUCCUUCAUGGAAGCCCUGGGAGAUAACCUGGCUUCCUGCAGUUGAUGGAAUAAAGGUUGGGGUGGCCAUAAUGGUUUGUUGGGGGUGAGGGAAAAAACCCACAGGGACCAGAAUGUUUUGUUGUUCUUUUGUUUUCUUUUUUGUACCAAAGUCAACUGCACGUGUUUUAUAUUUUUAAGAGAUCGUAGGCAAUUAGAGAUCGAAGCCUCCUAUCUCCACAUUUCUGAAGAAGUUGAGGGGUGGGGGAGAGAAUGACUUCUGCCUUCAUCUGCAGUAACGGGGGGACCUAUACUGACCUCUUCCCCAACCAUUUAGAAACAAGUUCUAGGGUGGGUUGGAAAAUCUCCAAGAGCCCUGACCUCAUCUUCCACCUCAGCAACCAUGACCUGAAACCUCAGCGUGAAUUUGGGGGAUUUUUCAGUGGAACCCCUGCCCCCAAAUGUCGACCAGCCCCCAAAUGUCGAAGAAUUUUCUUCUUGCCAAUUUUCUUGUUUAAAAAAAAAAUUCAGGGAAAAUUAAAAACCUGGAACUCCAUAA